UCUCCCGCGAAAAGACCUAUUUCGCGCCAAAUUCGGCCAUUUUUCUGCAGAAACCAUCCACAAACCAAAACCCUAGAGAAUCUGCUGGACACUGUGAUUCUUUCCGGCGAGGAAUAGGCUAAGAGAAGACAUCGACGGGGUGAGAUCGCAAUGAAAGGGAGGACGGUGAAGCUUAAGGAGGCUCAUAGGGGAAACGGAGCCGCUUCAGUCUGCUCAAUCAUCUGGGAUAACAGCGGAGGCCUUCUUGUGACGGCUUCUUCGGACGAUUCCACCGCCUUCAUCCACGAUGCUGUGCAGCCAGCGAAGCCAGCAAAGGCCCUCCGCCAUCACCGGGAAGGGGUGACCGCCAUCGCCCUAAACCCAACUUUUGACACCCUUGCUUCCGGUUCCAUCGACCAUUCUGUCAAGCUGUAUAGCUUUCCAGAUGGGGAGUUUCAAAGCAAUGUUACAAGAUUUACCUUGCCAAUCCGUGCUCUUGCAUUCAACAAGUCUGGUAGCUUGUUGGCUGCAGCUGGUGAUGAUGACGGCAUUAAACUGAUAGCUACUGUUGACAGUUCAAUCUCAAGAGUGCUUAAGGGUCAUAAUGGUUCUGUUACUGGCCUAGCUUUUGAUCCAAAAAAUGAAUUUUUGGCAUCAGUUGAUGGAUUUGGAACUGUGACAUAUUGGGAACUUUCCUCUGGAAAACCAGUGCAUACUUUGAAAUCUGUAGCUCCAAACUGUGAUUCAGAUGCCUCACGUUUGAAUUUUCUUUCUUGGAGCCCUGAUGGAGAGACCUUAGCUGUACCGGGUUUGAAGAAUGAUAUUGUGAUGUAUGACAGAGACACGGCUGAAAAGUUAUUUACUUUGAAAGGAGACCAUGAGAAAACUGUUUGCUUCCUAUCUUGGUCUCCGAAUGGAAAGUACAUUGCAACUUCAGGCUUAGAUAAUCAGGUCUUAAUCUGGGAUGUUGAUCAGAGGCAGGAUAUUGAUAGACAGAAAUUUGAAGAAAGGAUAUCUUCCUUAUCUUGGAAGCCUAAUGCCAACGCAUUGGCUGUUAUUGAUGUUAUGGGUAAAUUUGGUGUUUGGGAGAACCCUGUCCCUUCUUUCAUGAGGUCCCCUACAGAUGGCGCUAAUAACCAUCAAUCAAGGACUGGAAAUGGUCUCCUAUUGUUUGAAGAGGAUGAUAAAAAAUCAAGCCAUUCUGGAAGUUUAGAUGAAAUUAUGGAAGAAAGCCAUGGUGAUUCAAUUCCUGUUAGCAGCAAAAGAUUAAGGAAACAUUCAUUACUCGAUAAAUCUGAUGAAGAUAGUGAUGGGUUCCUUGAGCAAAUUGUGUCACGUAAGAGGUCUGCCAAAAGCAAAGAGCAUUUAAGAUUUGGAGGUGGAACAGAAGAGUGUGAAAGUUCAGUUAGGAAUGUCAGGCCAAAAUUACAAGAAGCGUUUCAACCAGGUUCUACUCCCGUGCAGGUGGGCAAGCGAAGGUUUCUUUGUUACAACUUGCUUGGAAGCAUAACUACAAUUGAAAAUGAGGGCUACUCCCACAUUGAGGUCGACUUUCACGAUACUGGGAGAGGGCCAAGGGUUCCUUCUAUGACAGACUAUUUUGGUUUCACCAUGGCUGCACUGAAUGAAAAUGGCAGCAUCUUUGCAAAUCCAUGCAAGGGCACAAAAAGCAUGAGCACUCUAAUGUACCGACCUUUUGGAAGCUGGGCUAAUAAUAGCGAGUGGUCAAUGAGGUUUGAAGCCGAAGAAGUUAAGGCUGUUGCUUUAGGAACCGGAUGGGUAGCUGCAGUUACAAGUCUUAAUUUUCUUCGCAUCUUCACGGAUGGUGGUUUGCAGAGGCACGUCCUCUGUCUUGAUGGUCCAGUGGUGACUGCAGCAGGCUUCAGAAAUAAAUUGGCAGUGGUUACUCAUGCUUCAGAUUGUUUUUCCUCAGGAGAUCAGGUGCUAGAAGUACAAGUAUUCAAUAUUAAUGGCAGAACUCAACUCAUUCGAUGCCGUCUUCCCUUGUCUCCUGGUUCUUGUUUAUCAUGGUUUGGAUUUAGUGAAGAAGGUCAAUUGUGCACCUAUGACUCCCAGGGGGUACUAAGAAUGUUAACCAAUCAAUAUGGUAACAGUUGGCUCCCCAUCUUUAGUGCUAGUAAAGCAAAGAAGUCUGAAGAUGAGAACUACUGGAUGGUAGGUCUUAAUGCAAACAAGCUCUUCUGUGUUUCAUGCAAGUCCCCCAACUCUUACCCAUUGGUAAUGCCAAAGCCUGUUCUCAUCCUACUUGAUCUUAAAUUCCCUCUUGCCUGCUCUGAUCUAGGCGCCGAUGAUCUGGAAAACGAGUUCAUUAUUAGAAAUAUGCAUCUCUAUCAGAUUCUGGAGAAGAUAGAUGAAAAUGCAGCUGCUGGUCUCGACACAACUGCACUUGAUGAUGAAGCAUUUGAUAUGGAGUCUGCUAUUGACCGUUGCAUCUUGAGGCUUAUUUCCACUUGUUGCAAUGCUGAUAAGCUUGUGAGGGCCACUGAACUUGCAAGACUGCUUUCUAUGGAUAAGUCAGUAAAGGGUGCAAUUAAGCUGGUUACCACUCUGAAGCUUCCUAUCCUUGCCGAGCGUUUCAAUGAAAUACUGGAGGAAAGAUUGCUAAAUGAAUCUAAAGGGGUUUCAAACAACUCUUCUGUCAUGGACGUAAACAAAGCUGUUGUUAUUUCCAAUCUUUCAUCUUCACAGGUAUUUGCAAAUGCCGAAGCUUCCAAGAAAGACAAAAAUGGAGAACACGAAGAGAAUAAAGAAAGAAAGGAACUUUGUGGGAACAGAAGUAAUGAAGCAGAGAAGUCUCAGGCUGCCACAAUACCAUUUUCAAAGAUGUCGAACAAUCAUGAUAGAACUGAGAAAGUGAUAAAGGCAACAGAGAAGGAACUCAAUAAAAAGAGUUCAAAAGAGGAAGAGAAGCAAUUACCUGUAAAAGGUGGUGGCACAGGUAAUUCUAGUUCUAUUGAGGCGGUUAAUCAGAAGCAUUGUCAUAGGCCAAUAAAUCCAUUUGCCAAGUCAUCAAAUAAGCUUGAAAAAACAUCAACAUCUCUUCUUGAUUCUAUUAAGAAGAUGAAGAAGCUUGAUAAGUAGAAAAAGGUGAAAGGGUUACCAACGGCGUUGUGAGGUUUCAAGGAAUGAAUCAUAAAUGAAAAUGAAGGUUUUGUUUGGGACGACUUUCUUAUUGCUUGUUAAAAUAAUUUUUUAGUACAAAUACUAAUUUUUUGUAUUACAAAAUUGUUUACAGAAGCAGUAAGAAAGUUGUCCCAAACGAAGCCUAAGUAUUUAUGCCUUUGCAGUAUCCUUUCUUGGCUUAUAAUAAGAUGACCAAUAAUUUUUGUUUGUGUUUAUAGUGAGUUAAGCUUUUCUUGGAUAAAGUUUUUCAUUUCUGAAAAUACAAAUGUCAGUUUAUAUU